CUCCUUCCGAAUAAUCUUUUCUAACGAUAACAGAUCUUGGAUUUCGGCGCGAAAUGCGACGACGUGUUUCUUUAUUCUCUCACGACCUUACGGAGCCGUUUGGCCGAACAGCACACGGACGACUGUUAACGGGGAUCCAUUCUGAAAGUGAUUGUUCUCAUACUUGGUGCUUUGCCUAUACCUGUCAGUCUACAAGAACUUACCGUCGGGUCGCCAGAAAAUUGGAGGGUUCACCGACGGCUUCCCGUUUUGGCUUGUUGAGGUCAAGUGGACGGUCAUACUAUGAUCCUGUAUGUGUGUUUCAAAGACACAGCAUACAUCAAUGGUACUAGAUUCUAGGGUCUUAGCCAAGAAGGCCUGUUGUUCGAUUUAAAUUAGGGUGCGUACGUUGGAUUCCAUUCUUUAGGUUAAAUAAUACAUAUGUUGUCUCAUUGUGCUAGUAAAGUUGUUUGUAAUUAUUGGUGUCACUUGUAUUUUUGGUACUAAGCAAACUUCUAACGCUGAUUCAUUUUGAUACUAUAAUUAUGUAUGUAUCUUACAGGUGGGUAUUUUACUCACAGGACUUGAGUACAAUACGUAACGUGCAGCAGGAAAUAUGCUUUCUGGAACUAUCUUGUGCAGAAGAAUGUUCAAAUAUGCUUCAACCAUCCAAACAUGUAAGAGUUCAGUGGUGGCCGACGUUGGAAAAUCCAUGGGUCGAAGACUCUUUGACUGAUGACGAUCUACUGAAGAGAAAACCAGUGGAUUAUGAAAUUAGUCAAGCAGAAUAUGUAUGGGUAGAAAAAAUUUUGAAGAACACUAAAAUCCCGUUUCCUAAAAAUAUUGUGGCUCCUACUCCUAGUGGCUGGAUACCCCCAAUCCCUGAACUAUCAAAGGAUGUACCCUAUUCUGUCCGAAGGUCGAAAAAUCACAUGCUACCUGUUUAUUACACAGAGAAACAGAGAAAGGAAAAAGAGCAUACACAUGGGACUCGACAGCUGACAGUCAUUAGACAUGUUGAUGGAGAUAUGCAAGCUCUGGCUAAUGAUCUCCGGACGCUUCUUCAACCGAAAUGCGAAGCUGGAUUGUUUCUUUGCCAAGUAGAUGAAGUAACACGUUGUAUAAAAAUUGAAGGGUUAUUCCAAGAAGAGGUAGCUAAAUUUCUUCUUAGUAAGGGGUUUUGA